AUGAUCUUAUUCAUCAGUAAUGUAACAAUCGCCGUUUUGGGGUCCAUCUUUGCAUUACGACAAGUGCCUUUCUGGGAGCCUUCGAAAUUUAUACCAAUUCUUGGGAUGUUGCUUGGCAAGUCGAUGAACAGCAUAGCGAUGACUACACGCCAAUGUCUUGAUAAUAUAAAUAUCUAUGGACCCAUCUUGGAGACCAGACUCGCUUUUGGUGCGACUCGGUACGAAGCCAUUAAGCCAUUUGCUACCGAGGUGAUACGACUAUCCAUGCUCCCAGUGAUUAUGCAGCUCAGUGUUAUGGGCAUGAUUAAUAUCCCAGGGACUAUGGUCGGGUUGAUUUUGGCUGGUAAACCAAUGACUGAUGCAGUCAUUUAUCAACAAUGCAUCAUAUUCAUGGUAACCGCCAGUAGUGGGCUCGGUGUUAUAAUGGCGGUAGUGGUAAGUGUAGCCGCUAGAAGAAAGGGUCGAACGCAUAGAAAAUAA